AUGUUUAAACAAAGCCGCACUCAGUUGAGAACAGGAUUUUACCUCAGCUGCCCACCCUGGCUCUCUGUGUUCUUGUUAUGUGCUGCAGUUCUCUUGAGCUCAGAGCUGGGAUACACGCAAGGCUUGCAGGUGACAUCCAAGGGCCCACAGACCAUCCGUAAGGCAGAGGGAGAGAGUGUGACUUUGGGAUGCAGCUACAAACCAAGCCCUCGUGACACUGGGGAACUUGACAUCGAAUGGUCUGUGAUCAGUCCAGACACCACACAGAAAGAUCAAAUGCUUGUAUCCUAUACCGGUGGCACUAAGUACUUCUAUGGUAACCAUGCAUUUGAAAGAGAGCUCAGCUUUGCUGCUGGUGAUCCCUCGAUGGGUGACGCUUCACUGUCGAUUGCUCUGCUGUCACCUGCUCACACCGCUACCUACCAAUGUAAAGUGAAGAAAGCACCUGGAGUGGACAUGCACAAGAUGUCACUGGUGGUAAUGGAGAAGCCGUCUGUACCUAAGUGCUGGGUGGAGGGAGGGGAACUGAUUGGCAAUCCUGUGUCUCUGCACUGCGAGUCUGCAAAAGGCUCCACUCCCUUAAAAUACACAUGGAGGAGAGAAAGAGCUGGCUCCAUCCCUGAUGGAGCCGCACAGAACAGUGUGACCGGAGAGCUGAAAAUCAGCAACCACUCAGAGAGCUUUGCAGGGAUCUACCUUUGUGAAGCAAACAAUGCUGUUGGAGUAGAAAGCUGCAUGCUGAACCUGAAAGCCAACAAACCUCCAAACAGAGCUGCUGUGAUAGUUGGCACCAUUGUUGGUUCCCUGCUCCUCAUCUUUAUCUUCCUGGUCUUCGUUGCGCUUCUGUACUGGAAGUUGAGCAGCAGACAUCGCUAUGAGAAGGAAUUAUCCAAUGACAUCAGGGAGGACGCACCACCUCCUGACAGCCGCCCCGUCAGCCGUCACACAAGCCAGAGCGCCAGUCAGCUCCCACAGGUCACUUACUGCCAGGUCGAUGGCACUGAGGUGAUGAAUGAGGGACUCAGCCACACUCCUUCCAGCACCAGCCACGGACACAGGCCGGUCAAACACACACCAGCGGAGUAUAACAGCAAAUAUGGAUAUGCAGUGUGACACUCAGAGCGAGCUGAAUUAAAGAGAAGUUUCAGGACAGUUUGAAAACUUGAAACUGAAAAUAUGCAGUAGUGGCAGUCCUGCCGAGACUUUAAUUAACCAAAUUCAAAGCUAUGCACUGUGAGGAUUUUAUGAUAACAUUGUUCAAUGUGAUUGCUUUGAGAUAAUCUUAGUAAAAGGAAGUUCUGUUAUUUGAUUGGCUUGGAUAUAUUAGAUUGUAUCAUUCAACAUUUAGGUGGAUGUCUAUAAAGCAGAUCAUCAAAAUAUGUAGCUAUAAAAGAGCACUAAU